AUGACCCUGACUGAAAAACUGCGCGAGAGGAUAUCGCGGGCGUUCUACAACCACGGGCUGUUGUGUGCUUCCUACCCCAUCCCCAUCAUCCUCUUUACUGGACUCUGUAUUCUGGCCUGCUGUUACCCGCUGCUGAAGCUGCCGCUGCCUGGAACAGGACCUGUGGAGUACAGCACCCCCGUGAAGGAUUACUCUCCACCCUCUCCAGAUGCAGGUCUGCAGCAAGGGGAUCUCAGCGAGCGUCCCGACUGGUAUGUUGGUGCUCCUGUGGCCUACAUUCAGCAGAUCUUCGUGAAAGCUACCGUCUCCCCAUGGCAGAAGAACUUCCUUGCUGUUGAUGUAUUUCGUUCACCCCUUUCCCGCGUCUUCCAGCUAGUGGAAGAGAUUAGAAACCAUGCCCUGAGAGACAGUUCUGGUGUCAAAAGCUUGGAGGAAGUUUGCCUUCAGGUAACAGAUCUUCUGCCUGGCCUCAAGAAGCUGCGGAAUCUGCUCCCCGAACACGGCUGUCUGUUACUGUCUCCAGGGAACUUCUGGCAGAACGACAGAGAGCGAUUCAAUGCUGACCCAGAUAUCAUCAAAACCAUCCACCAGCAUGAACCAAAGACAUUACAAACAUCAGCUACCCUCAAAGAUCUGUUGUUUGGGCUCCCUGGAAAGUACAGCGGGGUGAACCUCUAUAAUAGGAAGCGAGUGGUAUCAUACACUGUCACACUGGGUCUCCAGCGAUAUGAUUCCAGGUUCCUCAGCAGCCUCCGCUCUCGCCUCAAGCUGCUGCAUCCCAGCCCUAACUGCACGCUGCGAGAGGAGAACAUCGUUCACGUCCACUUCAAGGAAGAGAUUGGCAUUGCUGAGCUGAUACCCCUCGUCACCACCUACAUUAUACUCUUCGCUUACAUCUACUUCUCCACACGGAAGAUUGACAUGGUGAAAUCGAAAUGGGGUCUGGCACUGGCAGCGGUCGUGACGGUGCUCAGCUCUCUGCUCAUGUCCGUUGGGCUCUGCACGCUGUUUGGUUUGACGCCUACUCUUAAUGGAGGAGAGAUAUUUCCAUACUUGGUUGUAGUGAUUGGCCUAGAGAACGUGUUGGUUCUCACCAAGUCAGUCGUCUCUACGCCCGUUGACCUGGAAGUGAAGCUACGCAUUGCCCAAGGCUUGAGCAAUGAGAGCUGGUCGAUUAUGAAGAAUAUGGCGACAGAGCUUGGGAUCAUCUUGAUUGGGUAUUUCACCCUUGUCCCAGCCAUCCAGGAGUUCUGCCUCUUCGCUGUGGUCGGCCUGGUGUCUGACUUCUUUCUGCAGAUGUUUUUCUUCACUACUGUGCUGUCCAUUGACAUUCGCCGUAUGGAGCUUGCUGAUCUGAACAAACGGUUGCCAGCGGAAGCCUGCAUGCCCCCGGCGAAGCCUGUCAGCCGCUCUCAGCGCUACGAACGCCAGCCAGCUAUGCGACCUGCCACCCCCCACACCAUCACCCUGCAGCCAUCGUCUUUCAGGAACCUGCGCCUGCCAAAGAGGCUGCGGGUGAUCUACUUCUUCGCCAGGACCCGGCUGGCCCAGAGACUCAUCAUGGCUGGGACGGUGAUCUGGAUUGGAAUCCUGGUUUACACGGAUCCUGCUGGUCUCCGCACCUACCUCACGUCACAGGUCACCGAACAGAGUCCUUUGGGUGAAGCAGGUCUGCCUCCUAUGCCUGUUCCUGGAGGGGUCCUACCUGCUGGGGACCCCAAGAUUGACCUCUCAGUCUUCCCAUCGGACCCUGUACACCUGUCAGAAAACCAGACGCAGCAGCGUGAGCAGAAGUCAGGGCUGGAGUCCCUGAACGGGCUGGAGACAAACCGGCACACUUGGGCCCAGGGACCAGAGGGCAAAGGGAACGGACAGACGGAGCUUGGAACGGAAGCAGAGGUUACCUGGGGAGCAGAGGAUGAGGAGAUCUGGAGGAAGCUUUCCUUCAGACACUGGCCAUCCCUCUUCAGCUACUACAAUAUCACUCUGGCCAAAAGAUACAUCAGCAUCCUUCCAGCAAUCCCUGUCACGCUGUACCUGAACCCACAAGAGGCCUUAGAAGUGCGGCAUCCCCAGGAGGCUAACCGCUACCACCCCUUCUUAUCUUCAAGCAGUGGGAAGCUGGAUGCUGAAGCUCGGCCUGACCAAGCCUCAUCCAAGCUGCAAGGGCACCAGGAUGUCACUCUUUACAAGGUGGCUGCUCUGGGUCUGGCCUCGGGCAUUAUCCUGGUCCUCCUGCUCUUCUGCCUGUACCGGGUGUUCUGCCCCAAGAACUACGGGCAGAACGGGCUCUCACACAGCAGGAGGAAGAGGGGGGACCUGCCCUGUGACGAUUACGGGUACUCCCCACCCGAGACUGAGAUCGUCCCCUUGGUUCUCAGGGGUCACCUCAUGGACAUCGAAUGCCUGGCUAGCGAUGGCAUGCUGCUUGUCAGCUGCUGCCUGGUGGGCCAGAUCCGUGUGUGGGAUGCUCAGACUGGCGACUGCCUCACCGUUAUUCCCAAACCAAGGUUACGAAGAGACAGCAGUGGCAUUUUUGAUUACCAGGAAAGCUGGGAUCUCAGUCCGGAUGGCAAGAAUGGUCUGGACGACUCUUUUGAGAACAGUCACCAGCUCAAACGGAUGCUCAGCCCUCCCCAGCCGCCACUUUUCUGUGACCAGCCAGACCUCACGUCUCUCAUUGACACGAACUUCUCUGAGCAGGUGAAGGUGGCCGAGUCAGAGACGCGGCUCCGUGCUGUGGGCAGUCGCCAGAAGGAGACCGGGUACGAUUUCAGCAGCCUGGUUGGUAAAGCGUAUGAAGAGCACAGCACCUCCAACUGCAUGAACUUCACUGGCCUCUCAGCCCCGCACGGGCACGCCAGCUUCUGUGCGGGGAGCGGCAGUCCCCGCUCCUUGGGCUGCGGGACCGAGGAGGGAGGCUGCAGCAGCCGCAGAAGGAGCUUGGGGGACGAAUCUUUUACGGGAUUUGACAAAUCGUCACUGCUUCCUUCCUGGGGAGGAGACUUGGAGAGCUCUGUCUGGAGCCUGGACCUGCAAGGGAACCUGAUUGUGGCUGGCCGGAGUAACGGGAAGCUGGAGGUGUGGGAUGCCAUCGAGGGGACCCUCCGCAGCAGUAAUGAUGAAGGUCAAUCUGGCAUCACAGCGCUCGUCUUCCUGAACAACAGGAUCGUCGCUGCCCGGUUGAAUGGCUCUUUAGAUUUCUUUUCACUAGAGACACACACGUCCUUGAACCACCUGCAGUUCCGAGGAGCCCCGAGCAGAAGCAGCAUCCCGUCCUCCCCCGUGUUCAGCAGCAGCGACAUCAUCGUGUGUCAGCUCACCCACACCGUGUCCUGUGCCCACCAGAAGCCGAUCACGGCGCUGAAGGCUGCGGCUGGACGGCUGGUCACCGGGAGCCAGGACCACACUCUGAGAGUGUUUCGGCUAGAAGACUCGUGCUGUUUGUUCACGCUGCAGGGUCACUCAGGAGCUAUCACAGCUGUGUACAUCGAUCAGACGAUGGUGCUAGCGAGCGGAGGCCAGGACGGUGCCAUCUGCCUUUGGGACGUGCUGACGGGGAGCAAGGUCAGCCACAUGUACGCCCACCGAGGGGACGUCACGUCCCUCACCUGUACAACGUCCUGCGUCAUCAGCAGCGGCUUGGACGACGUGAUCAGCAUCUGGGACCGCAGCUCGGGGAUCAAGCUCUAUUCUAUCCAGCAGGAGAUGGGCUGCGGUGCCAGCCUGGGCGUCAUCUCCGACAACCUGCUGGUGACGGGAGGCCAGGGCUGCGUCUCCUUCUGGGACCUCGGC